AUGCGACUAACAGGUUCUUUAGGAAUUAUACUUGCACUUGGGGGUGUCAUGGCAGAGGCUGAGUAUCUCAAUCAAGAACUUGAUGCUAUUUCCAGCGGCAAGAAGAGCUUGACCAUGGGAAGCAGCGCAGCCCCUAUUGGGCGCGGCGUGGGGCCCGCACAAGCCCCAGACAAUGACAAUGACCAAGAAAACGACGUCCAGGUAAUAAGAAAGCUCAGCAAGAACCAGAUGAAUCUUGUGAACAACUGGGCUAACGUGCAGAAAGCGGAUGAUGUUGCAGACAAGUUUGGGCUUCAGGUUGGAAUAAGAGUGACUGUGUGGGUGCCUAGAAAUGGAGGCUUCAAUUUUUCAAGCAUCGGGCCUAACACAAAGAUUGAAAUGAUAAACGAGUUUGUAAACAUGCUUCAGACGUUGCAGGCCGACUCUGCGGAUGCCAUGUACACAACGAUGCCGGCCGAGUACAGGGCCUGGUCGAAUAGCAAAAACCAAGCGCCGCCCGCCAGUAAGACCAAGACUAUGAAGAGCGCCGCAGUCAGCAGCGACCUAUCCAGCAACAACCGAAGCUCGCCCAAAGGCCGGUCCUCGCUCUCAUCAGUUGAAGAGUCUGUUGUGGAAGAGGAAGAAGAUUAG